UUUAGUUUACUUUCCAUUAAGGUUUCUCUCUUGUCAACUGCUCAUAAUCAUUUUAAUUUCUGGCCAAACUGAAUAACAUAUGAUAAGAAUGAUUUCAAUAUUUUCUUUCCAUCUUCUAGAAAGUAUCCAAAUAAUACUUUUCCCUUCUUUGUCAACUAACUUUUCAAAACAUUGUAAAAAAAGAUUCUUGUAAAAAAACAUUUCAACGCUCAAUUCUGUUAGUAAAAACAAACAAAAAACGAAACAUGUGUUGGUCUCUCAGAGCUUCCUUGUUCUUUUCCAUCCUAGGAGGAUUGAUGACUUUGGAUCAGAUUCGAAGAACACUUGCUAUUCGAAAGGAGUGGAGAGCACGGAGUAUAUCUCAAGUAUUAAUGUACCUGUCGUAUACCUUGAUGGAAUUCCUACAAUUUCUACAGUAUUGGUUUGGAAUUGAAGGAACGUGUGGCACCACUUCAAAUAUUUUCCUGUCAAUUGUGGCUCACUUUCUAAUUUGGACUCAACCACUGGCACACAAUUAUUGGUGUUUAAGGAAUACAGCGAAGGGAAGAAGUACUUUCAGAUAUGCUUUGUUUUGCUCCUUCUCCACCCUAAUUCUGGCAAGUAUCAGUUUGGCAAUGGGUUAUUUUCAAGUUGGUGGAUUUGGUGUUGGAAUUGAAAAUGACAAUCUGGAAGGUGUUCCAGGAAAUGUUUUGGGAAUUGAAAUUCAAAAUGUGAAUACCAAAUUGUGUUCAAUGCAAGGACCUAAUCAUUUAUAUUGGAUGUUUCCCUAUCAUCCAAUAUGGGGACAUGGCAUUUCGUGGUUUACUUGGUUGAUGGUUGCUGCAUUUCCUCAUUUCUUUAGAUAUUCAGUUAAGGAUAAUGAUUUCUUUGGAAAGAGUUGGGUGAUGGGAAGUGUUGUCGUUGGUGGAUGGUUAGUUGCCUUGGCAGUCACUUUGACAAUUGGCAAUUUCCAUGAGACACCUUCUUAUUGGUGCCUUAUUUCAGUUCCAUGUUUGGUGUAGCCCUAUGUGUCUGCAUUCUUCAAUCCUAAACGAUUCAUUGUUCGAGAGGAAUUGUAUGUCAAAAUGCCAAAGUCUUCAUCUUCUGAAUAUGAUUCAAAGAAAGUUGCCUAAUUUAUGAGAAUGGAUGAGAAUGGAUGGAUUGAAAGCAUUUCAUCUCAUUGAGAAUGAGUAUUGACAAUAAUAGUAGAAUCAUUCAAUGUCGAUUUGAAACUAUUUCAAAUAAAUUUCGUUAUUGCAAUCUGCCACAUUUUUUAAGUGUUUGGUGACAAAUGUUGGUCAGUUUGUUAUUUUCCAUUUUUGAGGUGUCACGCCGAUUUCUUGAAUGAAAGAUUUCUCUUGUUGAACGUGAUUUCC